CUCUCUCUCUCUUUCAAUUAUGAGACCUAUUCUAUCCAAACCCAAAGGAUAUGAGUUUUAUACUAAAAUACUUGGUUCACCUAAAUACAUUGUAGGACCCAUGGUUGAGCAAAGUGAAUUAGCUUGGCGUAUGCUUUGUAGAAGAUACAAUGCUCAUUUGUGCUACACACCCAUGUUCCAUGCCAAACUCUUUAGUGACCCUAUAGGAGGACCCAAGUAUCGUCUUGAUCAAUGGUCCAUUCAUCCUGAAGACCGGCCUCUGAUUGUCCAAUUUUGUGCCAAUGACCCUGAUAUUUUGACAAGAGCAGCCAAAAUGGUAGAACAUGACUGUGAAGCUGUGGAUCUUAAUUUAGGCUGUCCACAGCACAUUGCCAAAAAGGGACGCUAUGGCUCCUUUUUGCAGGAUGACUGGGAAUUGAUCUACAAAUUAAUUUCUACGCUGGACAGAGAACUCAUGGUGCCUGUGACAGCCAAGAUCAGAGUAUUUGAAAGUGUAUCCAAGACAGUGGAUUAUGCUCAUAUGUUGGUAGAAGCCGGCGCUCAAUUGAUCACUGUGCACGGCAGACGACGAGAACAAAAAGGGCAUCAUACCGGCCUCGCUGAUUGGACCAAAAUCAAAGCUGUAAAAGAUGCAGUCAAUAUACCUGUGAUAGCCAAUGGCAAUAUUCUAUAUCACGAUGAUCUGCAGACAUGUUUUGAGCAGACAGGCGUGGAUGGGGUGAUGAGUGCCGAAGGCGUGUUAUACAAUCCUACAUUAUUUCAGCCAGGACAAAUCAUGCCACCUAAAGCGUAUGACGUUGCGCUUGAAUAUCUUGAAAUCUGUAAGCAACUGGACCCAAUAACAAGACCACCCGUUAUCAAAAGCCAUCUAUUUAAACUGUUCCAUCAAGCCUUUCGCGUGCAUACAGAUCUUCGUUCUCAACUAGGCACAUCUAAUACAUUGGAGGCCAUGGAACACAUUACGUUGACAUUACGCGAACGACUCUUAAAAGAAGAUGUCGCAAUAAGUUUAUGCCAGCCAUACAUUCGACCUAACCUUCCACGGUAACACAGAAGGUAUGAGCGACAAUAGAUUAUCGCCAUUUUUAUUCAUCAUGCGUAGUGCAUGCGACUCUCCCUUUUUUCUUUCUCUCUUAUUAAGAUCAUGAUCCGAUUUAUUUACAAACAACUUGGCUGCAACCUUGUUCGUUUCCAUAAAAGUCAAAAAAUCAAGCCUGCACGGCCUCAUUCAAGUCCUUGUAAGACUUUCCAUAUCAGAUCUUACUCGAUGAUCAUGACAACUCAAACCAUGUGAACGGUCCGGAUAUUGUUAAAGGAGGGGGGGGUGCAUCACUUUACAGGAGCUUAUUUUAGAAGAAAAGGAGACUCGGGGUAAAAAGGGCGUAAUGGGGGGUGCUUAAUAUACGAAUAUAUAAAGUUUGGCAUUUUCGUUUUGUUUUUUGUUUUUCUCUCUUCUUUGUUA